UCUCGUUCACCCUCUUUUUGUCAAAAAAGCUAAAUUUGGCCCUUUGAACCAAAAAUAGCAGAUUUCAACCCAUCCUAGUUCAAAUUAUGAUGUUCCUGUGUUGAUUGAAACGUGGUCUAUGUGAAUCUAAAGGGUACUGAAAACGAACAAUGCCAUGAACUUUUGCGCCUUUUGAAGACAGGUACUAGAGGAAUCGAUUGUUACGUACGGAGGAAUUGAGAAAUAUCGGAGCUGUUAACAGCACGGGUAGGUCAAUAUAUAAAGCUAGUUUUGAUAUCAUUUCGUCUACAGUUGCAAUAGCGUACUUAAGGCUUUGAACUAAUGCUAUUUUCACCCCGCUCAAAAGACACCAAACACCAAAUGAUGUAGGGUUAGAGGUAUAUAUCGUAAAAUAGACGCAGGUUUCCAUAGAAGUCUUUCAAAGACACUUUCAUUAUGCCAACACUUUCAUUAUGAGUGCCUGCACUCAAACGUUUUGGAUGGAGAUAUUUGGACGCAAGGUCAAAAAUGCGUGCUUUCCUAUCAGAAGUUCAACUGCACGUAUCUCAAUACCAAAUUACACACAACCAUCAUAUGACAUUUCAGAUCCUAGCUAAGUACACUUUUAUGCAUCUUUCAGCCAAAUUUGAAGUAAAUCUGUUGUAGUUUAGAGGAGAUACGAAAGUAAGAGACGUUUUAGCCUCGCGUAAAGCGAGGUCGUUUGUCAACUGCACUUGUUCGCAUGGACAAUUUCGGGCGAAAUUGUACCGCAUCAAAGGUAAUUGUGUUUUUCUCUGUAAGACGAGAAAGGAGUGAAAUAUCUCCGUAAAAUUUUCAGGAAAGCCGGUUAAUACGCUUAUCUAGCUGUGCUUUUAAUAGCUUUUCUCUUGCUGUAUUCUGUUAUGAGAUAUAAGGCUUUGAACUAUUGUCAUUUUCACCCCGCUCAAAAGCCCACCUUCGGAAGUAGGUUUUACCCCAAACUCCCUGUAGGGUUAGAUAUAUAAAGUAAAAAGGACGCAGUUUUUCAUAGAAGUCUGUCAAAUACAUUUUCAUGAUGCCACCACUUUCUUUCUGAGUACUUUCAAUCAAAAAUUUUGGAAAUAUUUGAACUUUUAUUUGGACGCAAGGUCAAAAAUGCGUGAUUUCCUAUCAGAAGUUCAACUGCACGUAUCUCAAUACCAAAGUACAACCAUCAUCUGACGUUUCAGAUCCUAGCUAAGUACACUUUCAUGCAUCUUUCAGCCAAAUUUGAAGUAAAUCUGUUGUAGUUUAGAGGAGAUACGAAAGUAAGAGACGUUUUAGCCUCGCGUAAAUCGAGGCCGCGUGUCAACUGCACUUGUCCGCAUGCGCAGUUUUGGGCGGAAUUUUACCGCAUCAUACGUAAAUGCGUUUUUCUCCCUAAGACAAGAUAGGAGUGAAAUAUUUUAAUGAAAUUUUCAGGAAAGUAGGUCGAUAUGCUUAUCUAGCUGUGCUUUUAAUAGCUUAUCUCUCGCUAUAUUCUGUUAGGAGAUAUAAGGCUUUGAACUAUUGUCAUUUUCCCCCCGCUCAAGAGCCCACCUUCGGAAAGUAGGUUUUACCCCAAACUCCCGGUAGGGUUAGAUAUAUAAAGUAAAAAGGACGCAGUUUUUCAUUGAAGUCUGUCAAAUACAUUUUCAUGAUGCCACCACUUUCUUUCUGAGUACUUUCAAUCAAAAAGUUUGGAGAUAUUUGAACUUUUAUUUGGACGCAAGGUCAAAAAUGCGUGAUUUCCUAUCAGAAGUUCCACUGCACGUAUCUCAAUACCAAAGUACAACCAUCAUCUGACGUUUCGGAUCCUAGCUAAGUACACUUUCAUGCAUCUUUCAGCUAAAUUUGAAGUAAAUCUGUUUUAGUUUGAAUUCGAAGGAGAUACGAAAGUAAGAGACGUUUUAGCCUCGCGCAAAGCGAGGCCGCGUGUCAACUGCACUUGUUUGCAUGUACAAUUUUGAGCGAAAUUUUUCCGCACCCAAUUAAUAAAGUUGGUUGGAAGGAAAUCGGACAACUUUUCGCGACAUCUUAUUUUUUGCUAAAAGUUUCGAUUUCUUGCCUGAAAUGACCAAAUUUAGCUUUUUUGACCCAAAAAUUGCAUACGCCAUGUCAAGAAGUUAUUCCGCACCCAAUAAAGUUGGUUGGAAGGAAAUCGGACGACUUUUCGCGACAUCUUUUUUUUUGCUAAAAGUUUCGAUUUUUUGCCUGAAAUGACCAAAUUUAGCUUUUUAGACCCAAAAAGUGCAUACGCCAUGUCAGGAAGUUAUUCCGCACCCAAUAAAGUUGGUUGGAAGGAAAUCGGACAACUUUUCGCGACAUCUUAUUUUUUGCUAAAAGUUUCGAUUUUUUGCCUGAAAUGACCAAAUUUAGCUUUUUUGACCCAAAAAGUGCAUACGCCAUGUCAUGAAGUUAUUCCGCACCCAAUAAAGUUGGUUGGAAGGAAAUCGGACGACUUUUCGCGACAUCUUAUUUUUUGCUAAAAGUUUCGACUUUUUGCCCAAAAUGACCAAUUUUAGCUUUUGUGACCCAAAAAGUGCAUAUGCGUUGUGCGGAAAUUAUUCCAAAACCAAAAGAGUUGUUUUGAAGGAAAUUAACUUUUCGCGACAUCCUUUUUUUUUUGCUAAAAUUGUCAAUUUUCUUUUCGUCCUGAAGACAAGCGAAGUCACUAAACAAUAGAGUGAAUGGAAGCCGGUUAGGGUUUUUGGAAUUCCGUGCAAUUGACCGAAUUGAAAUUAACUGGCUUCUUGUAGUUCUACAGUAUAAAAAUGAAUUUGAAAACGUCAGUGUGGCGCCUCAUUUCCCACGGUGGCGUAAAAUAUAGUAUCACACCCACCGGUAACCAUUUGACUUCCUUGGCCAGGUUUGAUACUAUCUUAUCACACCUUAUGAUCUGCUUGGAGAGGAAAUGCUCAUGGGUCUUAGUGUCUGAAAUCCAUGCCGCUAUGCGUGUUUCUGACUUAAUUUACAUAAUUUGACGUCACAGAAGCAGUGGCUUUUUCAUUCCUUUGAGUUGAACAGGCGAAAUAUUAGGUAAGUCCAAUUUUUGUGUUGGAUACAACAGUUUGACUUUAUUCAGAAUGACUUCUACCAACAAAGAAGAACUCUCAAGUAAACAGAAAAAGAGUGGACUCCAGGCCAGGCUAUGAUCACCCAUGAGACACAUGUCAACCUGAAGGGGCAGGGGUCUGAAGGAGGGAACGAUCAUUAUGUGUCUUGGUAGAAUCCAAGUCAUAUUUUUAGUGGAAGUUAAUGGACCAAGUAUAUUACAACAUACAAGAAAAGUUAGAAGGUAUAAGAGUUAGAAGUUGUGUAAAUUCAUUCCCCUCUUUCAACCUCCUUGAAACUACUUAGGGGCUACCGUCCUCACCAUGGCAACUUGAAACUAGAAGUUAAUGGUAUUUCCACACACGUGUAUGUGAGACCUCGCCCCGUGGAUCUUCGACUUUCGUCCUGGAUUCUGCAAGUUGUCUCUUUAUUCCUUAAAAACUGACCGUCUGAGUCCACUUGAUUUCCCUUCGUCAACCUUUCCCUGUAAAGCUACGUGUCUGCUAAUAGAUUAGUAGACAAAAUGAGUGACGUCGGCGAGGGAAGAAGCGAGGCAACAACAGGAGUUAACGGUACACGUGUGGCGGCUGUUCCGGCACAAGUUGAAGAAACGACGUUAGAUGCGCAGUCAACAGGCAAACGCCGCAGGGAGAGGACUGACAUGACAGAAUAUGUCCCAACCCUCCUAGAAUUCUGGCAGAAGGGGAUGAGGGAGAAGACGACCCCCGGAAGCAUCCAGCUCCUUAAAGAGGCUGCCGAAAAGACAGGAUUGAAGCACAAAACAGUGGAGAAAUGGAUGUACAACCACAACAAAAAGCAGAGUACGCAGGGAGGACCACCACCAAAGAAGAAGAAGGUCCCAAGCUUCCUGUCUGACCGGAAGACGAGUGGUUACAACCUCUUUCAAGCUGAUUUCUUUCGAAACAAUCAAGGCAAGACAGUAACAGCAGAUGCUGGACGGGCAUGGGCGAAAAUGAAAGAAAACAAGACAGCUGAGUAUAGAGACUAUAUCAGCAGAGCUGCUGAACUGGAGGCCCACACAUCAAAGCCCACUGACUGCUCUGAGGAGGAGAGGAGGAGAGCAGUGAGCAAACUCCAAACACAGAUGAUGAAUAUAAUGUCCAAGAUGAGAAUGUGCGGUGUUGACAUAAUGGCCAUGACACUGGACCACCAUACAAACAAGACAAAGAGGCUGGGGACAGAUGCUGGGAUCAGAUUUCUGCAGGAAAAUGCCACCAUUGAGUUGAAGUUUGUGACAGCACUCACAAAAGAGAGCAAAGAUGAGAGUAACCUGCAGGAAGAGGCAAGGGAAUUUCUCAACAACACAUGGUACAUUGCAUCAGGAAAGAAGAGUGGCUUUCCUUAUGCUCAAGUGAGGAGGGGAGAAGUUGUUGUGGAGGGCCUGCCGGAGGGAUUUGACCUCAAACAACCGAGAGACAUGAAGGAGUCGGAUGUAAAGCUGCUACUGUCAUGCAGGGACAGGUUCAAAGUCCGAGUUUUAACAACAAAUGGACCAUUAGCCAUCACCUCAAGUGAACCAUCAGCCAUCACCUCGGGUGUACCAUCAGCCAUCAUCUCAGGUGUACCAUCAGCCAUCACCUCAGGUGGACCAUCGGCCAUCACCUCAGGUGGACCAUCGGCCAUCACCUCAGGUGGACCAUCGGCCAUCACCUCAGGUGUAACAUCAGCCAUCACCUCAGGUGGACCAUCGGCCAUCACCUCAGGUGGACCAUCGGCCAUCACCUCAGGUGUACCAUCAGCAACCACCUCAGGUGUACCAUCAGCCACCACCUCAGGUGUACCAGCAGCCACCACCUCAAGUGGACCAUCAGCCACUAUCACCUCAGCAGAUUACCAUGUGAUGACCAAUGUCAACAUGGCAGCUUUAACUCAGACUGGGGGUGGACUGUAUGAAGUGGAGGCCCUGCUGGGGAAAAGGAGGAGAAAGAACAAAACAGAGUACCUUGUAAAGUGGAAGGGGUAUGGGCACCAUGACAAUUCAUGGGAAACUGCAGAAAGUCUAAAAGACACCAUGGGCUCUGCUGGUCUGAAACGUUUAGCAAGGAAUAUACGAAAGUAACUCAGGACCACACAUUGUCAGAUGCCUUCACUAAACACAGCAAAUUUUUUAGUGUUAGCUUCCAAACUGUUUUUGUGGAUCGUUGUUUUCUAUUAACAUGAUUAGGACAAAAAAUGGAAUAAUUAUGUCUGGCUGUCAUAUAUGGUAAAGGCUAAUGAUUUCCAUAAUCUAUGAUGAUAAAACUUGACUUUGGGACAACUUUGGGAAGACAAGACGUGUCAUGGUCACUGAAUCAGUUUUGUAUUUUGGUGCUAGCUCCUCUGCACAAAGAAAAUGAUGUAAUGAUCUAAUGCCAUAUGACCAUGGUGACAUGAAUGGUUUGUCUCUAUAUAAACAAAGUGAUUAAAAUGAUGAGAUUAAGAAGAAGACAAAAUCAACUUUGAAAUAAAGGUAAAACAACAUCAUAAAACUAAAUAAUGGUCGGUAAGGUAGGCUGACAGUUGCAAUGUACAAGAAAUGUGGCCAUUCAUACAUGUUUUUUGAUAGACUUGAGCAAAAAGUUAUAGUUCCAUUUCCACUGAAAGUAGGUUUGAUAUUAGAAUAUUGUUUUUCCCACAUUUUGCACUGCAGGCUUAAUGAUGGGAUAGUUGACAAUUAUCGGAUAAGGAUUGGACAGGGUACCUAUGUUGAAAUAUGUCACAAUGCCUGGAAAAUGUCAACCUUCCUGUCAGGAUUGUACCAAGGGCCUGUAGCACCAACUAGCUUAUAAUAGUUGGGAACUAGAUGAGGCUGUUCAUCACAGGAGCUAAUUAAUGGGACAUCAUGCUUUAUUGUUUCACUUAUGUUCAAAGAUCAUGUUAUAUAUAGAUAUAUUUCUCUAUCAACAUUCCCAUAGACUAGAUAAGGCUCUAGUGUGAUACAGUUAAAUCAGUUGUUACAGGAAUGUAUGACUUUGAUCAAGGAGCUUUUAAGCUUCUUGCUUUGAUGAAGCAUUUUUAAAGAUGCAAUCACAGUUUACACUAGGAGAAAGUGUAAUUUCUUUGUAAUUACCAUUAUCAUCACUCAAGUUUCCUACAGUCAGUAUCUUUAAAUAAUGUAUAGUAUAAAUAGAUUACAGUCAUUUUCCAAAAGCAUCUGCAUGCAAAUAUGCAUAAUUUGCAUGAUUAUGAACCUGAAUUCUUCACUUACAACAACCAAUGUCUCCACAAAAUAGCAAUCUGGAGCUAAAAUACAUUCUGUAGGUCUGGGUACUAGGGUAGGUUUCUUGAAGGUGAACUUUGGACAUGUGCACUUCUCUGUGGUUUACCAUUCCUUCAUACUGUGAAACUUAAGUACUGGUAACAUUGGUCUCUGAGACAGGUAAUACCCUGGAGAACAUCACUGUUAUGAACUGAUUCCUUUUGAUGAACAAUUUGCCAAUGGCCACCUGUUCUAGAGAAAAAAUAAUAUGGAAACACAUGGUGUACAUGAACUGUUAUAAAUAUUAUUAUGAACUUAAUGUCAUAGUACAUCUCCUAAACUGGAAGAUCUUUUGCAUGUUUUACAGUGUAGGCAAAACACAUUCUGCAAUGGUACUUAUCCUAGAUCUGCUUGUUGAAGAAAUACCAGUCUGACUUUGCUCACAAUCAGCAUCACUACAUGUACAAUGAAAAUGUAUACUUCCUUAGUUUCUUGCUUACUUCUAGUAUGCCCCCUUUAUUCUACAGUAUGCAAUAAAGGGAUUAUCACAGGAGUUUCAUCUUUGAGUUUGUGAUCCUAUAUAUAUAUCCUGCUCAUGUUUGAUUUGUUGACUGACAAGUACAAGUACUGAGUAAUCUUGGGCGAGCUAUGGGUCAAAGGUGUACUCAAUCAUUUUACACAUUUGACAUAAACAGAACUUUAUUAUUACACCUGGCACAAAUCAAGGAUUUUCCAGCAAAAAUACUAUAAAUCUAUGAAAUUUGACAGGUGUUUUAUUUUUGCAGUUGCUCCGGCUGUUUUUGUACCUUUGUUUGGAUAGUAACAAAAUGCUCCAAGGUAUUAUAAAAAAAAAAAAGUUAAAGUUUGCCCAUGCAUCUACAGACGCGUAGGGUG